AUGGGUUUUGAAUCUCGUCCACCUCUCCCGGCCCCGACAGAACCUUCGACUCUCAGCUCCGCAGACCGCGACGACAGCCCCCUCCGCGACGACGUCGACACCAACGUCUCGGCGCGCACCGACCGCACCUCGUACAGCAUCCCCGAGGACGGCACUCCAAUCACCAUCAACACGACCCACCCGACCGCCACCAAGGCGUCGCUGCACAGAAAGUACCCGAGCCAGACGAGCCUGCUGAUCGAGUACUUUGACGCCGGCAAGGAGAACAGCGGCCAGUCCCGCUCGCGCCCCGCCAACCGCCCGGGCAUCGACCAGGUGCACGUCGCCCAGGCCCCCCGCCACGCCACCAAGCCGGCCUACACCCGCCGCAUCUCGCUGCAGCCCGCGGCCCGCGACCACGGCGCCCCGCCCCGGCCUCGCGACCUCUCGGACGCCUCGACCGUCUCGUCGCUCCCGCCCGUCGACAUCGAGGUGCUGCACCACGCCAGCGACCUGUCGAGCGACCGCCACUUCAUGCCCAUGGCCAUGACAUCCGACGUGUCCUCGAUGCCCGCCGACAGCAUGCUCGACGGCACGCCGCAGAUGCUGCCGCCCGCACCCCGCCGCAGCCGGAGCCUGGAACGGAGCACCGUGCUGACCGACUCCAACGCGGCCGAGUCGCCCGAGCUGCUCAAAGCGCCCGAGCACGAACGGACCAGGAGCACGAGCAAGGACCGCAUCACGCAGCGCGUCAUGGAGAAGCUGCAGCAGCAGCAGCUGCAGCAGCACCAGCAGCACCAGCAGCACCAGCACCAGCACCAGCAGCACCAGCACCAGCACCAGGCCGAGACAUCCUCCAGCAGGACACGAAAGUCCGGCAGGGAUGAGCUGGCUUCGCCCCGCAAGUCGUCUCGGCGACACAGCAACCAUGGCCGCGGAGAGGAGACCAGCACCAUCAGCGAGACAGAAUCGAGCUUGCUUUCGUCCAGCGCCGACCGCAGAUCGGCCGUCCCGUCUGUGCGCUCAGGCGUCUCCACCACAUCCUCCAUCAACAACCCCAAGCUGCUCGCCACCGUCGAGGAUGCCAUCCGCCGGCUCAUCCUGCCGGAGCUGAACGCCCUGAAAGAAGAGAACCGCACUUCGAAGAACAGGGACAAGUUCGAGCGCAUGUCGCGUGACACGGGCGCCACGUACGAGACGGUCGAGGCGCCAGGCUCGCGCGAUCCGUCCGCGUCACGCCGGCGCGUCUCCAAGUCUUCGAGCACACCAAACAUCACCGGUGGCAAGCCCAAGCUUGCCGUGGAGCGCCUUGAGAAGCCCUUUGAGAUGGCCUCGGACAAGUCGAGUCGCAGGGAACGCAGAUCGAGCCGGGGCUCGACUUCUGACCGCACGGAGCGCAGCCUGGCCGACUCGACGUCCAAGACGGCGACGCGCGAAAACUCGCACAAGAGGCGGAGCGGCCGCGCUGCGCGGGAGGCCGAAAUUGCUGCGCUCGCCGGGUCUGGACUCACUGCUGCGGCUCUGAAGAAGCACACGUCGCGCGAAGAAGCCGCAGAGGACCGCAGGCACAAGAAGAAGCACUCCUCGCGGAGCAGUCCGAGUCGCUCUGCAAGCGUGGCGGAGAGCAUUGAGCACGACGAGUACGCCAAGGAUGUACCGCCUCUGCCGUUCAUCCAGAGCGAACUCCACGGCUCUGAGCUGACGCGCGAUUCCAUCCUGUCGGCCGAGACGGAGACCAAAGGCCGCUCGCGGUCGACUUCCAAGUCGUCGACCACCACGGGUGCAGAGACGCCGCUGCGACAAGUCCCGCGCGGGUUUGCUGCCUCGGGGCCGCACACGCCGACCAGGGCCGCGCCGACCGGGCUGCAGCGUACCACUGGCACAUUGCAUGGCCACCAGUCCAUGGAGGAUCUCCGUCUGAAGUCUCCCAUGAGCGACAGGAGCCACGGCUCCAGAUCGCGGGGUGUGGGCUCCGCCAGCCUCGAAGCUGCAGCAGCAGCCAAGGCUCGCGCCAUUGAGCGCUCCGAGACGCAGGCGUCGCACUACGAGAUCAUCGGCACAACGCCCACUCGCAAUCUCAGCCCGGUCCAGAGCGAAGCCAGCUACCGCGAGCAUGUGCACGCGGCUGGCUCGCCCAGACAUGUGCGGACCUCCCGAAGCGCUGCAUCCGUCUCCUCGCUGGGGAGGCAGGUGGAGCGGCAACCGUCCAACCUGUCCAUUGGAACGUUGGAGUCGACGGCGAGCACCAAAGCUGCCCGCACCCGCAAGCGGCCCCAAGGCGUUAACCUCGAGAGCGUGCGAUCCGCCAUGGGAUCCCCUCAGACGCCAAAGACGCCGCGUGACGCGGAGCUCUUCUUCGAACAGAACCACGAGCAGAACGAAAUGUAUCGGAGGGAGUUGGAGGAAAGCUCCCAGCUGUCGGAGAACUACCCCGUCAACUACAACCGCCUGACCAACUACACCGACGACAGCGAGGGCGUGCAGUACCUCGAUCAGGAUCAGAUCAUGGACCUCACCCAUGGAGGCAUUCGCAAGGUCGGCGCCAGCCCAGAGUACGUUCACACGCCGCUUGCAGUCGAGUCUGCUGUGGCCUCGCUGCACGAGCCAUCCUCCAUCAGCCACGAGAUCCCCAGCGGAGAGCGAUGGGGCGCGCUUCGCGACAAGGCUGAGGCGCUGGCGCACCAGCCACAUGUCCAGGACAACUCGCCCAGGCAGAGCAUUGCUCAGUCAAUCGAUGAUCAGCCUGAGAUGCACCAUAGCGCUUUCCCUGUUCAAGACCACUUGAUGCCUGAGAUUGGAUAUGGCAUGGAUGACGAGUCUGACAUUUCUACGAAUCCUUCCAUCAUCCAGGGGCCUCUCAACGGCGGCGAUGGAUACUACGACCGCACCGACGGCUACGACCGCACCGACGGCUACAACCGCACCGACGGCUACGACCGCACCGACGACUACGACCAGCGCGAUCGCUCAUCCACCCGCCAGUCCAGCGGGCACGCGUUCAACAAGGGCGCCGCGCUCGGCGCCGGUGCUGGCGCCGCAGCUGUUGCUGCGGCAGCAGCUCAUCAUCUGCACAACCGCAGUCCGUCGAUCGACCAACAGCACCAGGCCACUGUCGAGGAUGACUACGAGUCUUACACUGGCGAUUCGUUCGUUGGUCACGAGGGGCAGCCCGACUACGCCCAAAGCAACCGCACGCCCGUGUCCGGUACGACUGGAUGGAGAGACGAAGGCUACCAAUCAGCUAACCAACGUGAAGGCUACACGCCUCAGAGCCGCAACCACUCCAAGGUCUUUGACGACGAGUUUGCUGACGACUACGACGAGGCUCCGCUCGGUGGCGGGGACGUGUUUGCCUCCAACGCCAAGCAUGGCCGCCACUUCAGCGCCAACUCUCACGGCACGGCGUCUCCCCUCUACGACGCUGCAACUGGCAAGGGCAUCGAUCGCAUCCAGUCCAAGGACAUUGUCGCGCUCAUGGAUCAUCUUACCGUGCGAGAUGCGCAGCGCAAUGCGAGGGACACGGAGAUCCUGGUCACGCUUGUUCGCUCCGCGGCGGAGAUGCGCAACCAGCUCGAUGAACUCAAGGGCUUCAUCAAGGUGCAGGACAACAUGAUCAUGAACACCACCGAGAAGCGGGUCGACGUUGCUGAGCAGCGCAUCCUGGGCGGCCCACGACCACUGCCUCAAGCGUUUGGUUCGUCGCGCGGUGCUCGAUCGGCGUCCGACGACCUGGACGCUGAGGCGAAGAAGAAGAACGUGUUCAAGCGCGCGCUAAAGGGCCUGAGCAUGAAGGGCGACAGCGACAUCAAGAACAUUGAAGCCAUGCUCAUGCAGCUUCUCGGCGACGUGGAAGGCCUCAAGCAAGUCCAGCAGCUGCAGCUGGACCAGGGCAACCGCACAAACAGCCUCACGUCGUAUGAGAACUUGAGGGCUAGCGGGGAUCCUGGCUACGAACCAGAGGGUCGUGCCAAUACGGACAACUCGCCGAACCAGUCUGGAUACCUUUCGAACCCGGCCUCCUCGUCGCGUCGCAUCAACGAUCUGCACUCUGGCUACGACGUUGUGCAGACGAACCGCAUAAGCACGGUACACGAAGACGACGAGGAGUAUCUCGAGCGCGAGCCGCGAUACGAGAAUACCGAGCGCAUGACGACUCCCACGCAAGAAGCGUACCACGGCAGGAGUCUGUCGCAGGAAAUGAGCCAGAGCCAGAGCCAGAGCCAGAGCCAGAGCCAGAGCCAAGAAGACACACCGAAGAAGAACAAGCACAAGUCCGCCUCGUCGUCAAUCUUUGGCAUCCCCAAAAUCUCGCGCUGGUCAAAGACCACCUCCUCAACCGAGCCGCGCAACAGCGUCGAGAAGCGCCCGUACUCUUUGCACUCGCGCUCCUCGUCCCAGAAGAGCUACGACGAGUACGACGACGAGUACUCGCAGAACGGCGACCACGACCGCCGCCCUCGCACCGCCGACGACCGCUCCCUCCGCUCCCGAGAGUCGAGAGACGACCGCUCGUUCCGCUCCUCGGUGCGGUCCCCCUCCCCCCUGAUCCCAGAGGACGCAGAGUACGAACUCGAAGACCCCAAGUACCACGCCCACCGCAACAGCCUCAACCUGCAGCACCCGCAGCCGCGCGCAGGCCCCACGGGACGGCACCAGAACCACCUCGAGACCGAGGCGCAGAUGUACAUCCCGGACAACGUGAGCGGCGUCAGCGGCUCGGGCAUCGCCAGUCCAGACUACGAUCAGUGGGGCAGCAUGCCGAGUCUGGCACGCAACCGCAUAAGCGGCGCCAACACCAGCCACAACCCGGGCAACCUGUCGCCCAUCUCCAGCGAUGGCGGGUACUCGGGCCACAGCGCGUCGGAGCAGACGGCGCGUGCGCAGCAGAAGCUCGUCGACGACGGCCCGCUCAUCCCGCCCAACGCCGGCGUCCUCGCCGGCUACGGCCAGGCACGCAGCAUGUACUCGAGCCCCAACGAGUUCGGCUCCCAGGGCGUGCUGACGCCGCUCGCACCCAUCGCGGAGGUCAGGUACAGCCUCGAGACAGACAGGGGGCACUUGAGAGUGAGUCGAGCCGCCACAUAA